AUGCUCGGCGUGUGGCGGCGUGCGUCGCCCGCUCUGGCCAAGGGCCUGGCCGCUGGCUGGCCGACGACGGUGGCGGGGCCCGUGGCGGUCGCGGAGGCCUGGGCGCCCGCGACGGGGUCGGUGCUGCAGCGGCUGGGCGCGCGGUGCUUCGCGUACGACCCGAACAAGCGCGACAAGCCGCACUUCAACAUCGGGACCAUCGGCCACGUAGACCAUGGCAAGACCACGCUCACCGCAGCGAUCACCAAGGUGCUCGCCGAGAAGGGCCAGGCGACGAUGCAGGCAUACGACAUGAUCGACAAGGCGCCCGAGGAGAAGGCCCGCGGCAUCACUAUCUCCGCAGCCCACGUGGAGUACGAGACCGACAAGCGGCACUACGCGCACGUGGACUGCCCCGGGCACGCGGACUACGUCAAGAACAUGGUCACCGGCGCCGCGCAGAUGGACGGCGCGAUCCUCGUCGUCGCCGGCACCGACGGCCCCAUGCCGCAGACGCGCGAGCACAUCCUGUUGGCGAAGCAGGUCGGCGUGCCCUCGGUCGUGGUCUUCCUGAACAAGUGCGACGAGGCGAAGGACCAGGAGCUGCUCGAGCUCGUCGAACUCGAGCUGCGCGAGCUCCUGAGUCAGUACGGGUAUGACGGGGACUCGGUGCCCAUCGUGCGGGGGAGUGCGCUGUGCGCGCUCGAGGGGCGGGAACCGGAGCUCGGCGCCAACGCCGUCACGAAGCUCAUGGAGGCGGUGGACAGCUACAUCCCGGACCCCGUGCGCGCGCUGGACAAGCCGUUCACGAUGCCGGUCGAGGACACCUUCCAGAUCACGGGCCGCGGGUGCGUCGUGACGGGCCGCAUCGAGACGGGCGUGAUCAAGCCCGGGGAGGAGAUCGAGAUCAUGGGCGCGGGGAUGGCGCCGAUCAAGACGACGUGCACGGGCGUGGAGAUGUUCCGGAAGAUGCUGGAGCAGGGGCAGGCGGGCGAGAACGUCGGGCUGCUGCUGCGCGGCGUCAAGCGGGAGCAGGUGUGCCGCGGGAUGGUGGUGUCCAAGCCCGGGACGCUCAAGGCGCGCACCAAGUUCGAGGCCGAGAUGUACGUUCUGUCCCAGGACGAGGGCGGCCGCCACAAGCCCUUCUUCGACAACUACCGUCCGCAGUUCUUCCUGCGCACGGCCGACAUCACGGGCGACAUCAAGCUCAAGGGCGACGCGAAGAUGGCCAUGCCCGGCGACAACGUCACCAUCGAGGUCGAGCUGAUCCAGCCGUCGGCUCUCGAGGAGGGUUUGCGCUUUGCGGUGCGGGAGGGCAAGCGCACCGUGGGCGCGGGGGUCAUCAGCAAGGUCUUCGACUGA